AUGGAACCAAUGCCGAUGUGGGACGGCAGCAUGGCGACACCUAACGGAGGAAUGCACGCUUCAGGAAACCAGCAGAAUCCAGCCGCACAGCAACAUCAUCAGCUUCACAAUCAACACCAGCUCCCGCCACAUUCACAGCACCAGAACGGAAAUCCCAAUCACUUCAACCAGAACAUGAGUAACAAUCAGAUGCCCCCUAGUGAUAAGCAUAAUCCCGUCGGCGCGUGGCAGAGAGGUGGCUGGGACUCCGGCAUUCAUUCAGGAGCUACCUCUCAGACGCCUUCAAUCGUUUCCGGCCAGCACUCAGAACUGUCGGCAAUCGUCAGCGAAUUCUCAGAGCACAUUCCCAACUUCGAGCAACAGGCCCAACAAGGUGCGCACAAUCCAAAUGGCCAAACAAACACAUCCGCUGUGGAAGCAGCUCAAGAAAUGCAACAAAUGUUUGACUACCAAGACGAGGAGGGCAUGGCCACAGCGAUUCCAAAGCUCGUCGAUUAUUUGAAAAACUCUGACACUACAAUUGUACAAUCAGCUUCGCAAACACUUCAUCAGUUUUCAAAACGAGAUGCUGCCAAGAGUCAACUAAUUACCCAGCGAAACGUUAUUCCUACCCUAAUCAUCGUCCUCCAGCAGACAAACGACCCCGACACCGCCAGAGCUGUUACUGGUACUUUGCACAAUGUUUCUCAGUCCGAUCCUGGGCGAAAAAUGAUCUACCAAUCGUCCGGAAUACCUGCCUUGGUUAAAGUUCUCCAGUGCUCGGUAGAUGCCGUCGUUUUCUACGCUAUCACUACUAUCCACAAUCUUCUUCUCCACAUCAAAGAGUCCAAGCAAAACCUACGCCAGACAAACGCGACCCAUCUGAUGGUAGAUCUCUUGCAGAAAAAGGGGAAUGUUAAAUUCCUGGCGAUUUGUACCGAUUGUCUGCACCUCCUUUCCUACCAACACAACGACACAAAAAUGCAAAUGUUCCAAGCCGGCGCCGCGCAUCACCUAAUCAACAUAAUGAACCAGAAUACUUACGAAAAGCUUCUUUGGACAACCUCGAGAGUUUUGAAAGUCCUCUCCGUCUGUAACCAGAAUAAAAGGGCAAUCGUUGAGGCUGGCGGAGUUCAGGCGCUUGGGCUUCAUCUUCAAAACGGCUCGUCGCGAUUAAUUUCAAACUGUCUUUGGACGUUGAGGAAUUUAUCAGACUGUGCGACUCAUAUUGGCGGUCUGAGUCCUCUUCUCCAGGCGCUGUUGCAAAGGCUUAAUUCGCAAGAUCAUCAGAACAUUGUGAUAGCAUGUGGAACCAUUGCGAAUUUGAGUUGCAAUAAUAUACAAAAUAAAGUUGACAUCGUUCGCCAUGGCGGAAUUGAAAGCCUUCUCCGCGUCAUCCAGCAGGUUGGAGAUCGAGCGGAAAUCGUCGAACCGGCUCUAUGCGCACUCAAGCAUAUUACUUCUCGGCACCCAGAAGCUGAUAGAGCUCAAGCAAUGGUCCGUGAAGCGAUGAAUGGAACGGGUCUUCAGCUUUUGCAUCGCUUGAUUCAGCCGGGUAGCGCGAAGCCUUCGAUAAGAAAGGGAGCGCUGCUGGUGAUGAAACAAUUGGCUCUUGAAGCCGGAUGUCGUCGAGCACUCGGCCAGGCGGAUAUUGUUGGAGAGUUGACUGCGAUGGCGAUGACUUCUGGAUCAUCCCUUCAACAAAACCCUGGUGAUAGAGAUGCGAUAUCGACUCUCGACUCAAUUUUCAACAUAUUUAUUGGGCUGAUAAAAGAGCCAGAUUUGAAGAUGCGGAUAAAGAGUCAACAAAACCUACCCUUUUUCAUACAGCUCUUCCAUCAUCAACACCUCCAAAUGACAGUCGGUGCGCUUCUCGGAAACCUCUGCGUGACAGAAACCGAUGUUCUUCAAGAAGUCGAGCGUAGUCAAAUUCGCGAGCAGGUCGAGCGAGUCUUUCAACACAGUGAAGCCAAGCGAGUUGAAGUUGAGCGGCGGUCAAGGGGAGGUCAAAUGGGAGGCCCCCCUCCUGGACAACAAGGAGGACCACCAGGGCAUCCGGGUGGCUUCCAAGGGAUGCCUCCAAACUCACAGCAUCCUGGAAUGGGCCACAUGCCUCCCAACGGUCCGAUGGGACAUCCUGGUUUCGAUCCAGCCAUGGGAUCUCCUCAUGGACACCCUGGUCAUCCAAAUCAUCCUGCUUAUCACCAAAUGCCUCCUGGAACUCCAGGACACUACGACCCCAAUCAAGGAUUUCCGCAGCAUCAUAAUCCCACGAUGACUCCUCCAAUGACACCUGAAACACAAAUGGUUCACCCUGGUUUCCAUCCAGGUCAGCCUCAUCCCGGACACGGGCCUCCUCAAGGCCAUCACAUGCCUCCCCACCAACAGCAACAACAAGCUGCUCCCCCGCAAGCGCAGAUGAGUAACUGGUUUGAGCCAAUUUAA